AGUAUGAAAGAGGGGAGCGACAAGCCUCGUGGAGCACGGACUGCAGACAAGGCUGGCUGGAUCAAAAAGAGCAGUGGGGGUCUCCUGAGUUUAUGGAAAGACCGCUACCUUCUUCUCUGCCAAGCCCAGCUGCUGGUCUAUGAGAAUGAGGAUGAGCAGAAAUGUGUAGAGACGGUAGAACUCGGAAGCUAUGAGAAGUGUCAGGACCUUCGAGCCGUCCUCAAGCGGAAGCACCGCUUUAUCCUGCUGCGAUCACCAGGGAACAAGGUCAGUGACAUCAAAUUCCAGGCCCCCAGUGGGGAAGAAAAGGAAUCCUGGAUCAAAGCUCUCAAUGAAGGGAUCAACCGAGGCAAGAACAAGGCUUUUGAUGAGGUAAAAGUAGACAAGACCUGCGCCCUCGAGCAUGUGACACGGAACCGGGUACGUGGGGGCCAGCGGCGCCGGCCACCAACGAGAAUCCACUUAAAGGAGGUAGCCAGUGCGGCUUCUGAUGGGCUUUUGCGCCUGGACCUCGAUGUCCCAGACAGUGGACCACCAGUGUUUGCUCCUGUCAAUGAUGUCAGUGAGACCCAGCCCCAGGAGCCACCUCGGGUUCUCAUGCCUCCUGUCAAGCCUUCCCCAGUACCAGAGACUUGCAGCACUGAUGACAGCAUGGAGACUCCUGCAGGAGAGAGAGGCCCAACUCCUGUCUCAGCAAGCCCUGAGGCCAAACCUGAGAGUCAAGAGGAUGCAGAGACCCCAGCAGAGGGGGACAGUGACUUUAAGAGGCACCCUAACAGUACAUGGUUUGAGAGACUGAAGGUGAGCUGGGAGAACCCCAGCCCAGAGGAGUCUGCUGCUCUUGAGAGUUCACAGCUGCCCAAGGUGCCCUCUUCAGAGACUCCAGAGGCUGCCCCCAGGGAGAGCAAAAAGCCCCCUGUGCCACCUCCUAAGAUCCUAUCAGAGAAGAUGAAGGCCUGUAUGGGUGGAGUGGAUGCUUCCAGUCUAUCCCAGAGUUCUGAGGCCCCUGAGACCACUGCCCCAGGCCCAACACAGGUCUCUGUGAAUGGCAUGGAUGACAGUCCCGAGUCUGCCGUGCCAUCCCAGGCCAUGGGCACCCCUGGAACUGCCCCAGAGGGUGCAACAGCACCCCCAGCACUGCCCUUCUGGGACUUGCCAUCCCAGUUUCAUCCCCGCUCCUCUUCCCUGGGGGACCUACUCAGAGAUGGGCCUCAGCAUCCAAAGCUGCCCAAGGAAAAGUUGUAUCGGGCCCAGCUGGAAGUGAAGGUGGCCUCGAAACAGACAGAGCAACUGUUGAACCAGGUGCUGAGCAGCGAACCACAACCUGUGUGUGCCGAGUCGUUGCUCAGCCAGGCUGUGGAGCAGCUGAGGCAGGCCACCCAGGUUCUGCAGGAAAUGAGGGAUUUGGGAGAGCUGAACCAAGAAACGCCUGGGCUAGUGCAGAAACGGAAGGAGCUGGUGACCCUCUACAGGAGAAGUGCACCCUAGGCCUGCCAAGCCCAAGGCACAAACUCAGCAUCCCCAAGGCACUGCCCAGCCUUUGCACCAUUGGGGACAUCAAGUUUGGCCAGGAUUUGAAGCUCCUGAUGUCCUUUCUACCUUACCCUGGCUAGUGGUGCCAGGUAUUACCUGGGGCUACCUGUCUGUCUCCUGUUCUGGCCUCUUUUCUAGGCUCUGGGCUUGGGGUGGAUCACACACUCCUGUGGUCUAUGUGGUUAUUGCAAACUGCCUCAGGGCUUUGGCACUGUGCUUGGAGUUUCUGGGAUGUCAUCAUCUCUGUCCUCACCCCCAAUAGUUUACAUUCCUGACUUCUGUGGAGAGCACAGCUGAGCUGCCUGAGGCUCCCAUCUCCUGGUCAUCAGGCAGCUUCCAACCAGCCACACCCACUUAUGAGCAGCUCUAGGGGCCUUAGGUCCAGGCUAUAGGCUCAUCUGUCAGCUAAGUGAAAUCUGGCCCUUAGCUGGAGCCUAAAGAUGGGCAGGCGCCUGGGUGAAGAAGCCAUUUGCUCUGUGCAUUGUGCGUUCUGGAAACCACGGAUCUUUUCCGCAGUGUCCCUUCCCCUUUGGAGAGCUGUGAUUAGAUGGUCAGAUCUCAAGGCUUUCAGGACAGAAGAGGAACCCUGGCUUCCUGGUGCAGUCUCUGCUCCUGGGCUAGCUUCUGUCCAGCCUUGCACAUUCCUGAAGAUGCAAACCCUCACAUAGAGUGGCCUGUGUUACCAUCUGGAAAACCUGUGUGUAAUUAUCAUUAAUCAACCUUUAGAGGCCUCUGCUCCCACCCCCACCUUCUGUGCCUCCCAGAUGGGAUUUAUCUGGGUCUCUAUGGUUCUUCCUCAGCUGAGACAGCUCUGAUAUCCACCCCCUCCCCUUCACAUGCUGGAGUCUGUGGCUACAACCCACCUAUCAGGCCCCUGGUGGGCUGCCCCUCCUUAGUAUCCUAAUGAGAAGAGCAGUUUCUUCCUUCCCCUUCCCUCCUCCCUACCCCAUUGCCUCUGGCUCUGGGGGCUCCCCUAGAGUCUCCAACCCUCUUCAGCAGCCAGCAGGACUGAGGCUGGAGCCUGGGCUGGGGCACUGGGGGAGGAGCCCUCACAUAGGAUUUGCAUGUGCACUUUUGUUUACUGGAAGAGAAGGGAGGGCCACAGCAGCCAAUGGCCUUUCCACUCACCCUGCUUCUUGCCGCCAGUUGUGCCCACCAAGGCCUGCCAGCCAGGGCAGGUGGAUGCCUUCAUUACUGUACUGUCACUUUCUUGCUGUGGGUAGUAGGCAGUGGCAGAGUAAACAGCAAUGUCUGGCUGGUGAGCCUCCCACUGUCAGCCUCAAACCACACACUCCUUGGGCUCUUAUGCCAGCCUGCCUUCCCCUCCACCUCAAGAGCAAGAAUGUCUUCAGGUGUCCUGUUCUGAUCCUCUGCCAUCUUCCCUUGGGAACAAUCGUCCUCUUCAGCAGCAAGGGCUGCUGGGUUUCUGCCAAGUCACCUGCUUCCAGGAAUUAGAGCCCCAGCCUGUGCUGUCAAGUGACUAAUUGGGAAAGUAAGUAGUGUUGGGACUACUACCUUAAUGGCCACAUGCCAUUGGUUCCCAUGCUGGAGUGGUGGGUUGGGGAUGGGGACUGUCACCACGGAAGGAGGCAACCAGUGUCUUCUGCUUAUGAACCAUCUUUCUUGAAAUUUGGCAAUAAAUCUCAUUUUAUGGAA